AUGGGGCUGGAGGAGAGGAGGGAGGUCCGUCUGGUUGGUGGGAACGCACCGCACGAGGGGAGAGUAGAAAUAUACUACCGCUGUAAUUGGGGAACGAUCUGUAAAUAUUACUGGCGUAUUGAAGAGGCCAACGUCAUCUGUCGACAGCUCGGCUACCCUUCUGCAACUGACGCCUGGCGGCAUGCUCACUUUGGUCCAGGAUCAGGACCAAUACUCCUGGCCAACGUCAGAUGCCGUGGCAGUGAAUCAAGCAUUGAACAAUGCGAUCAUGAUGGAUGGUACAGUUAUGGUUGUUGGUCUCAUAGCUAUGAUGUUGGAGUAACAUGUAACGUUACAUUUUCCAAUCCAGUUUCAGUUCGUCUCACAAAUGGCAACACCCCAUUUGAAGGACAAGUAGAAAUACACCACGAUGGUCAGUGGGGUACAAUCUGUGAUGAUGGCUGGAGCAUUGAGGAGGCCAGCGUCAUCUGCCGACAACUCGGCUACCCUCCUGCAUCCCGGGCCUGGCAGGGUAGUCACUUUGGUGAAGGAUCAGGACCGAUUCUUCUCAGUAAUGUUGCUUGCAAUGGCACCGAAUCAAACAUAAACCUAUGUGACCACAGUGGGUGGUUUAGUCAUAGCUGUAGUCACGCGGAUGAUGCUGGAGUGACUUGUGGAGAAACUCUAAAUACCACUGUCUCUUCACCUGUUCAAGUGCGUCUUAUGGAUGGCCACGCACCCAACGAGGGAAGAGUAGAACUGUACUACCGAUGCAACUGGGGUACAAUCUGCCAUAGUGGUUGGAGUAUUAAAGACGCCAACGUUAUCUGUCGACAGCUUGGCUACCCUUCUGCAUCCCGGGCCUGGUACAGCGCUCACUUUGGUCCAGGAACAGGGCCGAUUUUGCUAGACAAUGUGAAUUGUGCUGGGGAUGAAUCCAGCAUUGACCAGUGUGGCCACAGUCGAUGGUUCACUCGUAGUUGUUCCCAUUUUUCUGAUGUUGGAGUGACAUGCGAUGGUACAGUUCCCUCUCCAGUUCCAGUGCGCCUUGUUGGUGGUAACACCCCGAAUGAGGGAAGAGUGGAGCUCUACUAUGAUUGCAACUGGGGAACAAUCUGUGACUCUUCAAAUGUCUGGACCAUCGAAAAUGCCCAUAUCAUCUGUCGACAGCUCGGCUACACCUCUGCCUCCCAGGUCUGGCGGAAUGCUCACUUUGGCCAGGGAUCAGGACCGAUUCUACUUGCCAAUGUUGUAUGUGAUGGAACUGAAUCACGCAUCGAGAAGUGUGAUCAUAUAGGAUGGUAUUAUAAUGUCUGUUAUCAUAGGCAAGACGUCGGAGUGACCUGUAGUGGCGCUAGCAGUUCCGCUUCAGCUCGUCUUGCCAACGGAACCACCCCGUAUGAGGGCAGAGUGGAAGUAUACUUCCAAAAUCAGUGGGGUACGAUCUGCAGUAACGGAUGGGGCAUCGAAGAAGCAAACGUCAUCUGUCGACAGCUCGGCUAUCCUUCUGCAUCAAUGAUUCACAUGGGUGCAUAUUUUGGAGAAGGAGCAGGAUUCAUUCUCUUGGAUGGUGUUGCUUGCAAUGACACCGAAUCGAGCAUCGACCAGUGUGAUUAUAGCGGAUGGUUAAACAAUAACUGUGAUCAUAGCCAGGAUGUUGGACUGACUUGCGAAUUCUUUACCCCGUCAACAGUUCCAGUACGGCUUGUGAAUGGGGGCGCACCUAAUGAAGGUCGAGUGGAAGUCUACUACAAAUGCCAGUGGGGUACAAUUUGCCAGAGUGACUGGAGCAUCAGAGACGCCAACGUCGUCUGUCGACAGCUCGGCUACCCUUCUGCAUCCAAAGCCUGGUACAGUGCUCACUUUGGCCAAGAAUCAGGACCGAUUCUAAUUCUCCUGAACCAUGUUGCGUGUCAAGGCAAUGAAUCAAGCAUUGACCAGUGUCACCACAGUGGGUGGUAUGUUAACUCGGGCUGCAAUCAUUAUACAGACGCUGGUGUAACCUGUGACUUGGAAUUACCUCCACCAGUAUCUGUUCGUCUGAUCAAUGGGGACACACCUAAUGAGGGUACAGUUGAGGUGUACUACAGAGGCCAAUGGGGUAGUGUCUGCGGUGACAAUUGGAGGCUAAAGGAGUCCAACGUCGUCUGUCGACAGCUCGGCUACCCUUCUGCAUCCCAGGCCUGGCAGUAUGCUCACUUUGGUCAAGGAUCAGGACCGAUUCUCCUGGGCAAUGUUGAAUGUGAUGGACAUGAAUCAAACAUUGAUAAGUGUGACCAUAGAGGCUGGAACACUCAUUACUGUAGUCAUUACUAUGAUGUCGGAGUGACGUGUGAUGUUACCAUUCCGUCACCUGUUUUGGUACGCCUUGCCAAUGGCAGCACCCCUUAUGAAGGUAGAGUGGAGCUCUACUAUCAGUGCUACUGGGGUACUGUCAGUGAUUAUGACUGGACCAUCGAAGAUGCAAACGUUAUUUGUCAACAGCUCGGCUAUCCCUCUGCAAUGCAAGCCUUGGAUCGUGCACAUUUUGGUCGAGGAUCAGGACCGAUUCUCUUGCAAAACGUUGAAUGUGAUGGACACGAGUCGAGUAUCGACAAAUGUGACCACAACGGAUGGUAUGCAGGCAAUGACUACGACUACCAUGAUCAUCACUAUGAUGCUGGUGUGGUGUGUAAUGUCAUACUACCCGUGCCUGUCUUGGUGCGUCUUGGUGAUGGUAGCAACCCUUAUGAAGGUAGGGUGGAAGUGUAUUUCCAGGACCAAUGGGGUACAAUCUGCGAUGAUGGCUGGAACAUUGAAGAUGCCAACGUCAUCUGUCGACAGCUUGGCCUCCCUCCUGUAUCACGGGCCUGGCGCGGUGCUCACUUUGGCCAAGGAUCAGGACCGAUUCUCCUCAGCAAUGUUGCUUGUAUUGGCAACGAGUCAAGCAUUGACCAGUGCGCACACAGUGAAUGGUUCAGUCACGGCUGCAAUCAUGCCAACGAUGUGGGAGUCACUUGUGGGGAAUCACGUAUCAUCACAACUGGCUCACCGGUUCCGGUUCGUUUAGUGGACGGGAACACUCCUCAUGAAGGGAUUGUUGAAGUUUAUGAUCAAUGUCAGUGGGGUUUCAUCAUAAGCAAUCAGUGGAGCAUCAAAGAGGCCAACGUUAUCUGUCACCAGCUUGGUUACCCGUCGGCAUCCCAGGCCUGGCAUUACGACAUCUUUCGACAACAGAGAGGUUUGGCUCUCUUGACAAAUGUUGCAUGCAGUGGAAAUGAAUCAAGAAUUGACCAAUGUAAUUACAGGAGCAUUUUGGAUACUACCGAUGAUUAUUAUAAAUAUGACUUCGUGGGUGUAACGUGCAGUCCUACAAUUCCUCCGCCAGUUCUAGUCCGACUUGUAGACGGGAACACGCCACACGAGGGUAGAGUGGAAGUGUACUACAAAUGUCAGUGGGGAACUAUUUGUAGUUAUGGCUGGGACAUAGAAGACGCCAAUGUCAUCUGUCGACAGCUAGGCUACCCUUCUGCAUCCCAGACCUGGCGUAGGGCUCACUUUGGUCAAGGAUCGGGACCAAUUCUACUUGACAGAGUUGAGUGUGAUGGAGACGAAUCCACCAUUGAUCAGUGUGAUCACAGUGGAUGGUUCAGUCAAUAUUGUAACACUCAUUAUAAUGAUGUUGGAGUCACGUGUAGUGUAACAGCUUCUUCACCUGUACUGGUGCGUUUUGCCAAUAUCAGCAACCCUUAUGAGGGUACAGUGGAAGUGUACUACCAAGACCAAUGGGGCACAAUCUGUGAUGAUGGCUGGAACAUUGAAGAUGCCAACGUCAUCUGUCGACAGCUUGGCCUCCCUCCUGCAUCACAGGCCUGGCAGAGUGCUCAUUUUGGCCAAGGAUCAGGACCGGUUGUCCUGAGCAAUGUUGUUUGUAAUGGAACCGAAUCAAACAUUGACCAGUGUGAUCACAGUGGAUGGUUGCCUAAUGCAUGUAGUCACGGUUACGAUGCGGGGGUUACCUGUGGAGAUCACAAUACCAAUACAACCUCCCAACAAAUUUCCGUCCGUCUGGUGAAUGGCAACACUCCCAAUGAAGGAAGAGUUGAAGUGUACUACAAAUGCUUCUGGGGUACAAUCUGCUACAGGGGUUGGACCAUCAGAGAUGCCAACGUCAUCUGUCGACAGCUAGGCUACCCUUCUGCAUCACAGGCUUGGUGGAAAGCUCAUUUUGGCCGAGGAUCAGGACCUAUUCUCCUCGUCGACGUUGCCUGUAAAGGAACCGAAGGAAGCAUUGAGCAAUGCGAGCACAGCGGAUGGUUUAACCACCAACAGUGUUCACACUCCAACGAUGCAGGAGUGACUUGCAACACUGAUGUUGAUGCUACCUUUCCUCGAUUCGAUACUGAGCCUCCUGUCAUUACGUGUCCAGCGAGUAUGACAGCGGAGACUGAUUCACACCAGAAUGUUGCUACAGUCUCGCUACCCGCGGCUGCUUCUGUUUCUGACAACUCGGGAGAGGUCACGAUACUCAUCAAUUUAGAUGGUUCUGGGCAAAAUUACAAUUAUGAAGCCAACAAUGACGUCAUUUUGAGCUAACCAGGGUCGCUGCAUUUGUUGCAUUACACCGCCUUUGAUGACUCUUACAACAGGGCAUCAUGUGACAUGUAUAUUGAUCUUCUAGAUAAUGAACCCCCUGAGGUCCUCGGUUGUCCAGAUGACGUCAUCAUUCCCGUCAUCUCAUCGUCCAAUCAGGUGUCUCAUAGCUGGACGCCCCCAAUGACCUCUGACAACUCCAAUACUGAGGUAGAUGUGACGUUUACCUGCCAGGUAACUCCGCCUGGUGAAUGUUACCAAGCUGGCCACGGUACAUUUCCGGUUGGGGUGUCUAUAAUGAGGUACACAGCUAGAGAUCGGUCUGGGAAUGAGAACAUCUGCGAUUUUAGAAUUACAGUUACAGUCGUGGAUAUUGUCUGCCCAGCAAAUGUGACAAACUUGGCCAGUCCUGGCUUGAACAGAACCAGCGUGAACUGGAUAGAACCGGAUCUGACUGGAUGGGACGGACCCACUAACUUUACCUCUACCGCCAAUCACGGUGCUUUAUAUCUGAUAGGAACUCACAAAGUUACUUAUCUACAGUGGUUUGCAAAUUAUGGCGUGUUUCUAGAAUGUUCCUUCUUUGUGGCGGUUGUAGGUCAGUGUGAAACUGAAAGAUACGAAGGUCUCACGUGGCCUGUAACAUCAGCAGGAUCGACUGCGAAGUCAAUGGAGAGAUGCCCUCUUUUGACCAUGAAUGCCGGUCAACCUCGAGCUGUGAGGAACUGUUCAGUUGUUGAACCUCCUGUGUACUUCCAAUGGGAGAAGCACGAGCCUGGCAGCUGUGGUGAAAAUAGAAACGAGGUUAAUCUUGAAGACGUUGAAGAGGUUGAGGUUAGUACAGGAAACGUGGUUGAAGUGGCCGAAUUUCUGGCAAAUCAGACGUCAGAGUCUUCUGAGGAUGCCGAAGAUGUGGAAGUGGUGUCCAACAUUUUGAUGAACAUUGUCGAGGUGGGAUCUGGUGACACGGAGGUAACUGAGUUGGUGAUACAGACUGUAGGAAAUGUCAUCAUGAGUACUAGACAGUCUCCUGACUCCCAAAUUCAUGAUGUCAAUGUUGGCAGCUCCUCAGCCAUCGUUGAGUCUGUUGAGGCUCAGGUUGCCUUGACUCUGAGACAAGAGGGUCACUUCAGUGUACAACAGGACACUAUCCACGUUGAGGCGGUCAGUCUGGACCCAGUGCAGGUUAGCAAUGGACUCACCUUCGUGUCUGCUCCGCAGGAGCAGACUGGGCAGUCUUCACCACAAGAGGGCAGCCUUGCCGGCACUAAGGUCACGACCUUGGUGAAUGCCAGUGAGGCGCCUCAUGAUGUGAUAGCUUCAAUUCGGUUACCGGCUAACAUUGUCGACUUGAUACAGGCCGGCGAUGAAAAUGGUUCCCAGCUGCUGCGGGCGAGUUUCAUUGUCUACGCUGAUGACACCUUGUUCAAGUCAUCUCUGAUCAAAGGCUCCCAAGGGAAGAACGGAUCUAGCCUCCGGGUUGCUGGGUCUGUCGUAUCCCUGACUGUGGAAAACAUUGAGUUGGUCAACCUCACUGAACCAUUGGUUAUCGAAUUCAAGGCACCUGCAAUCAAUAAAACCGACAAGAACAGAACCACCAUCCACUGCGUCUUCUGGGACUUUCAACUGAAUGACAACGUCGGUGAUUGGUCAAGCAAUGGGUGUGGCCUCUCGGGACUGACCAAUGACAGAGUGUCCUGCCACUGUGGUCAUGCCACCAACUUUGCCAUCUUAUUAGACGUGAAGGGCCAAGCACCUGAUGAUAACGAUGCCACUCCUGCUAAGCGAGCGCUUGAUAUCAUCAGCCAGGUUGGCGCUGCACUGUCAAUCAUAGCUCUGGCUAUCACGCUGAUUAUAUACCUAGCUAUCAGGAAGCUACGAAGCGGCAAAUCUCGUCAGAUCUUCAUUCAUUUCUGCGCCUCCUUGUUGAUGUUGUACAUCGUAUUCCUUGCAGGGGUUGACAAUGGCUCCGGAGGCGGUUGUGUGUUUGUGGCCGCUUUACUCCACUACUUGACUCUGUCCACCAUGGUGUGGAUGGCCGUUGAAGCCAGGAACAUGUACGUCAGUACGGUGAAGGUGUUCCCAGAAGACACGCCUCACUACAUGCUCAAGGCUUGCCUCAUCGCUUGGGGAUCACCAUUGAUAGUUCUAACGGUUACCCUUGCAGCAGCAACAGAUCACUACCAGAAUGAACACUACUGCUUCCUUGAGCCUGGUCUUGUGCUGUACCUCAGCCUCCUUGCUCCCAUUGGUCUCAUCCUCAUCCACAACAUCAUCACGUUUAUCUUGGUCAUGCGCAGUCUCCUCAAGGUCAAAGAGGCAUCUCGCUCCCAGCAGAUCUCCAAACGCCUCCAGAAUGCCGUGGGAAUCUCCGCCCUCAUGGGCGUGACCUGGUGUUUUGGGUUCCUGGCAAUUGAAGGAGCGACUUUCGCCUUCCAGCUCAUCUUCUGUUUGGCCAACUCCUUGCAGGGUGUGAUUGUGUUCAUCAUGUUCUGUGUUCGGCGGGAGGAGGUACGGGCCAUCGUCGCGCCCUACCUGGGUCGUAUCUGCUGCGGACACACCUGUCGUCUGCCCAAACGUCACGCCAACUGGUCCUACGAGCUUCAGCAGCAGAACGAAUCAGCCCCGCCUAGCUCCCCAGUCUCUGGGUUGACGAAAUUCGACUUAUCCACUUCGGGAAGAUAG